UAGGACACUUUUAAGCACUUGUGAACACAAAGUAGAAGAGAACAUUAUCUUCUUGAAAAAAUCUACAGCUUCUGGCCAUGGGCUUAGUCUCCAAACUUUUGCAAUUAAUCACAUUUAUUGGAGUGCUGAUACUCUUUGGGAUGGUAGUGGCGGCGGCGGUAGCAGCAGCUCAAGCCAGGCCUGGCUGCAACCACAAGUGUGGGGAUGUAGAAAUUCCAUUUCCAUUUGGGUUGAGUAAAGACUGCUACUUAAAUGAUAAUCAGAGCUUUAACAUCACUUGUGAUGGCUCUGGUCCAAAGGCUGCAGGCCGUAAUCUCAUUGUUAAAAACAUAUCCAUUGAAGCACAUGAGAUGCAUGUCCUGAAAAAUGUAGCCCAAGAUUGUUACCUUGAGUCGGGUGCACUAAUACCCGAGAGUACUGGAAAUAGCCACUUGGACGUAGCCCCAUUCACCAUUUCUAAAACCAGAAAUCAGUUCACUGUUGUUGGCUGUGACACUUAUGCAUUUCUCCGUGGCCGUGGGUACCAAAACGGAGAAAAUUUCUCGACCGGGUGCGCAUCUGAGUGUAGCAGCCUUCGAAAUACUUUAAAUGGCUCUUGCUCUGCCGUCGGGUGUUGCAAGGCACAGUUUCCAGAUGGAUUGCAGAAUAUUGAAAUACAAGUACACAGCUUUAAUAAUCACACAGGUAAAUGGAACUUCAAUCCCUGCGGCUAUGCUUUUGUUGUCGAAAAAGGGAAGUUCAACUUCUCCACGAAUUACCUUAAGAAUCUGCCACACAAAAUGCUUCCAAUGGUGCUUGAUUGGGCAAUUGGGAACGAGACAUGUGAAGAAGCUAAGAAAAAACCGAAUUUUGCGUGUCGGAAUAAGAACAGUAUAUGCCAUGUCCCAGAAACAAGAUCGGGGUACCGGUGCAAGUGUGAGCCGGGUUACCAAGGGAACCCCUACCUCCCUGACGGUUGCCAAGACAUUGACGAAUGUGACGAUGCAAUUCGUACACAUAACUGCAGCACGGGCUGUGUCAACACACCAGGCGGCUAUACAUGUCGUUGCCCCAAGUGGUACCAUGGGAACGGAACAAAAGAUCAUGGAGGCUGUGAUGCGGAUUUCGUAAUAAUUAUUCGGAUUGUCAUUGGUGCUGGAGUAGGCUUUAUUUCUCUGCUUGUGCUUAGCUCUUGUUUUUCCUUUGUUUUUUUAUGUGUUUCAGUACUCUUUCUCGUAUGA